AUGGCGGCGAUCGAGGUGGUCGACGCGCGGACCGACAUGCGGUUACAGCGGUUCGACGGCACGGACGAGAAGUGGGGAGACUGGAGUCUCAGGUUCGAGGCCUACGCCGCGCUGCUCGGCUUCGAGGAGUACAUGACUGCGGCGGGCCAGAGGCAGGACCCGCUGCUGAACGACCAGCUCGACGAGCGCGCGAGGCAGGUCAGCCAACGGUUGUGGCGCCUGCUGCUCACAUAUUGCGAGGGUAAGGCGAUGGGAGUGGUCAAGCUCUCGUGCAAGAACGGUCUCGAGGCGUGGCGCCAGCUCAAGAAUGAGUAUGAGAGUCGUUCAGGAAAUCGCUGGGCCCCGAUGCUGCGGUUCAUCCUGAACCCGCAGGACAAGUGGGCCAAGGAUCGCGAGGCGGGCAUCGACUUCUUUCAGUCGCCCACCGCCUGGGAGGCGAUUGUGGCCGAGUAUGUGGAUCAGAGCGGCGAAGCCGCCCCAGAGGAGGUGAAGUUCACGUUCGCCGCAGCUCGCAGUCACAUCAGGGGCUACUACAACCAGGGCAGGACUUUCACUCGCGUCCCAGACGUGGGUGGGGUUGUCCCGAUGCAGGUGGAUGCAGUCCGUGCCCAGCUGCCCAAUGGCAAGGCCAACGGCAAGGGCAAGACGUACAAGUCCGACAAGUCAGGCGGGAAGUCUGGCAGAUACCAGAAGGGCAAGGACUCAAAUACCAAGUCUAAGGGUCGUGAUGGCGGCAAGCGCGCCAAGAACCAGACGGAGUACUUCGACGGCGAGUGCGGCUACUGCGGCAAGUGGGGCCACAAGCGGGCGGACUGCAGGAAGAAGAAGGCCGAUGACUCGAAGAAGGAGCCAGGUCACACACGAACUGUUCAAGGCGACGCAGCUUCGUCAUCAGCCCAGCAGCCAGCGGAUGGCACGGUGAAGGCGGCGUCGGGCUACUUUGACGGCAAGCCCGAUGGCUGGGUGUUUGCGGUCACGGCACAGCCGAAUGGCCGGGUGGCGAAGGUUGGCGGCUCCAUCCUGAUCGACAGCGGCAGCGACGACCAUCUCUGCAGGCGCAGGUUUGUCCCAGAGGCUCCCAUCAGCGCUGCGGUGGACGCGCCGAGGCUAUUCGACGCGCAGCAGCGCCCACUGCCGACGGCAGGCCUGAGGGGAGUAGAGAUGACCAUGAAGGAGGGCAUCGCGGCGACAGCGGACUUCCUCGUCGCCGACGUGAACGAUGAUCUGCUGAGCAUGGGGAAGCUGCUCAGGCAGGGCUCCAGGUUCAACCUCAGCCUGGAGGACGGGCUAUACAUGACGAAGGGCCAUCGCAGCGCGCAGCUCACGCUGGGGAGGAACAGCCUCAGGCCCCCGGUUGUCGCGGCGGGCCCCGCAGCUGAGGCUCACCGCUGCCGCGGCGCGGCAGAGCGGCAGGAUGCGACGACGGCCCCUGUGCUCAACGCGGACAGCUCGGUCGGCGCGAUGAGGGCCAGGCUGAGGGAGCUGCGCGUGCCCAUCUACGGUGCCAAGGCAGAGCUUUGGGACAGGCCCAUUGUGGCGGAUGCCGCGGUCAGGCGGUCGGAGGCUGAGAGGGCGCACAAGCAGGCAGUCAAGGAGCAGCUCGGGAUCCAGCACGACCCAGUCGAUGCUAGGGAGCCACCCGUGCCGAAGGCUCCGAGCGCUGAAGAGGAGAGGCAGCGUCGCCUCACCCAUCUGCCGACCGCGCCCUGGUGUGAGGAGUGCAUCCGCGGCAAGGCGCCCGAUGCUCCACACGCGCAGGUCACGCUCGAGGACUCCGAGCGGAAGGCGCCGCUCAUCAGCUUCGACAUUGGGUUCUGCAAGACAGCUGAUGAGGACGGCGACCUGACGAAGGUCGAGGACACUUAUGCGACGAUGCUCGUGGCGUUCAGCUCGGACGCUGGGGUGGUGAAGGUCAUCCCAUGCCCAUCAAAGUCGGCACCGCCGUACGCGAUUGCACGCAUGAAGCAGUUCGCGCAGCGGCUCGAGACGGGGAGGUGCAGACUCAGGGCCGAUUCUGAGCCUGCGACGAAGGCGAUCCUGGACGGGGUAGUCGCCGAGCUGACGGGCAAGGUCAUUCCAGAGUUGACGCCCAAGCACAGCAGCCAGUCCAACCCAGCGGAGGCGGCUGUGAAGAUCGCGGAGGGCCAGACGCGGGUCCUCAGGUUGGAUCUCGAGACGCGCUACGGCGCCAAGAUCACGGCGGCCGUGCCGAUCUGGGCCUGGAUGAUGCGUCAUGCUGGGUGGCUACACGAGCGGUGCUCACGGCGAGCUGGAGGGCAGGCUCCACAUGAGAUGGCGACGGGCACGCCCUACAAAGGCGACAUCUGCACCUUCGGUGAGACGGUGCUGCGUCGAAUAGCUCGACCGAAGCAUCGAGGGCUCGGUGGAGGACGGCGGCUGCACCGCAGGGAGGCGCAGUGGGGCCGUGGGAUCUGGGUUGGCAGAUCUGACGAGUCCCAGGAGCAUCUGCUGAUGACUCCGCAAGGGGUCGAUCGAGCUCGGACCGUGCGACGGCUCCCUGAGGGCAGACAGGCCGACAAGGACCUCCUGCUGUCGGCGACGGGCAUCCCGUGGGCGACGAGGACGGCGCCCGAGAGGUCGAGGCGACCACGGGCAGCCCCGCCCGUGGCGACAGAGAUCCCGAGAGCGGAUCAGCAGCAGCAGCAGCAGGCACAACCGCCGGCAGGGCCACCCGAGGGCCGAGCGGACCCUGCUCAGCCCCAAGCCCCACCGCAGGCCCCAGGCCCAGCGGUGGCGGCAGGACAGCCGCAGCCGCAGCCCCCGCGGCCAGCGCAGCCAGCGCCAGGAGAUGCGGUCAUGGGGGCGCCCCCGCCACAGGCGGAGAGGCGCGGGCUGCCGCCUGAGGCGGAGGCCUCAGAGAGCAAACGAGCGCGGGUUGCGGCGGUCCACGAGCUGGACGUCGGCAACAUAGACGACCCGCCCGACGCGUUCUGGGAGGAGAUCUCGGAUGAGGUCGAGGACCAGACCGAGGACAUGUUCGACGUGGACGCUCAGGAUGAGCUGGACAAGAGGCUCACGCUUGAGCACCUGCAGAGCCUCCUGGACCAGGGCGUCGGCGAGGACAUCCCCAAGUCGGAGGCAAGGGGAUCGGCUCCGAUCUCCGACAGACUCAUCGACUUCGUGGCCCUCAAGCGCGGCUUCGCAGUGAUGACGCUGGGCGCGACGGACGCCUUCUACCAGGCGCCCGAGCGCGAGGACGUGGUGGUGGACCCACCGCAGGAGUACCUGGACAUGCUGCAGGCAGAGGGUAAGAGCACGGACACAUACUGGAAGCUGAAGAGGCAGCUGCCUGGCAGGCGCACGGCGGCGCCUGGCUGGGUGGAGCACAUGGUGGGCAUCCUCAUGGACGAGAUGCGCAUGGCGAGGUGCGAGAUGGCCCCGCAAUUCUUUAACAACUCGGAGACUGACGUGGUGGUCGAGAUCCACAUGGACAGCCUACACAUGGCAGGACCAAGGGGCGCGCUGGAGGGCUUCCGUGACGAGCUGGGCCAGCACGUGACCUUCAGCGGCGGCGAGAUCCAUGAGCACGGCACCACCUACGAACACCUGACGAGGUUGAGGGCGCGGUUCGAGCACGGGACAGAGCUGAAGGCGAACCCGAAGUACCUGGACUACGUGGCGGAGACCCUCAACCUCGGGAGCGCGAACACGGCGCCCACGCCAGGAGUGCCAGCUCAUAAGGCGCUCAUGGGGAGCACCUCGGCCCUGUCUUCCGUUCAGGCUGGCAUCUGCCGAUCGUGCGUGGGUGCGCUGAUGUACUGCGCCCAGGACACGGCGGACUGCCAGUGUGAGGUGGGCCUGCUAGGAAGGAUGCUGUCAGGCCCCGCCGUCGGUGCCUUCACCGCACUCAAGAGGCUGGUCAGACCGACGGAGGGCGCGAACGUCGAGCCGGUGGGCUACGGCGACAGCGACUGGGCAGGCGACCUUCAGACGAGGAGGUCACAGUCGAGCGGCAAGAUCGAGAUCGACAACGUCCCCAUGCACUCCUUCAGCAGGCGCCAGGCGAUCGCGGCGACUAGCUCGGGAGUGGCAGAGUACUAUGCGGCGACGGCAGUCGCCGAGGAUCUCCUCUACUUCAAGUCGCUCCUGGAGUUCAUGGGCUUCACGGUGGCGACUACUCUUCUGACGGACUCGUCGGCGGCCCGAGGGAUUGUCAAACGUGAAGGAGUUGGCAAGGUCAGGAGCCUGGAGGCGCGUGUGCUGUGGCUCCAGCAGGCGAUCAAGAGGAAGCUGAUGGACCUCGGGGCCGUCGGCACCGACGAAAACAAGGCCGACCUGGGUACGAAGAUCCUCGGGCACGAGCGCUUCGUCAAGCUCAGGACGAUGAGCGGCAUCUACACGGACAUGGGCCAGGUCGCGGAGAGCGACCACCAGUCGGACGAGGUGGAAUUCGACGUGGGGGCGGCGGCUCGGGUUCGGCGCGCCCCAGGCGUGGCCGCUUCACCGAGUGCGACCCGCCCGGCGGCCCUUGCGACGAUCACGGCGGCGGUAGCGCUCCUCCAAGGGCGCGAAGGACCCGCCACCGAGCACGACGGCUACUACGACAUGGAGGUUUGCUGCAUGGACGGCGUGGUCGCGAGCGACUGGACGAGCUAUUGGCUGGUGCUGGUCGUCUGGGCGCUGGUCGUGGCCAUCGUCUUCGGCUACGCGGGGCUCCGCUACGCCAGCUGGGUGGAGCAGGAGUGGCUCCUCGUCCAGACCGAGCCCGAUGACGCGAGGGACAAGAAGAUCGACCCAGGCAUUGGCUGCAUGUUAUCUACGUCGACCAAGUCGACGGUGGAUCAGAGAAUCGCAUGA